AUGAUAUUGUACUGUUAUAGUCUAUGGGGUUGUUAUUGUACAAUGCAUCAACAUGAGUUAUCAUCCCUAUCAUUACCAUCAGGAAAUACACAUCAACAAUAUAUAACUUCUACUUAUUCAGAUAUAUUUAAACUUUUAAAUUGUACAGUAGAUUAUAUCAUUCAAUUAGGAGUUAAACCAGAUAUUCAGCAUAAAGAAGAUACAUUGUUAGAGCAUUCAAAACAAUCACCUGUACUAAGUGUAGGCGCAUAUCAAUGGAUUGAAUUAACAUGUACAUGUUGUUGUGCCUAUCCUGAUCAAUGGAAACAGAUUACUAAUACACAAUUAAUACAAACAAUGAACCAGACAGCUGUUAAUCAGUCAUUGGAUAAUAGUAAUUAUACAACAACAACUUUACUAUAUAAGAUUACAUCAUCGAAUGGACAUGUGAUUGCAUUAUCACUUUCUAAAAAGAUUCAUUCUAAUAUUCAUUUAUAUCAUUGUGAGAAUAUAACUACAACUGCUGCUGCUAUUGACACUGAUACAUAUAAUAGUAAUAGUAAUAAUGAUUCUAUUUGUAUUACUUUAUAUUCAGAGAUUAAAUGUAAUGCACCGAAUGGAUUUUAUAUGCAUGCAGAGAAUUUAGGUCAUAGUCAAAUUACUGCCACAUUGAUAUGGAUGAAUAGUACAUCAAGGAAGCAUAUUGAUUCAUUAACAAAGAUGACAGAGUCAUUUGGCAUUAUAGACGAUCAUCAUGGUGCUACUGGUACUGUCACAACAACAACAACAACAGUUACAAUGACAAGCCCAGCACAUAUGAAACAACAUCAAAAACAAUUACAAGAACAAACUCAAUAUCAGUUAGCAAAUAAAGGAAUCAAUGAUAUACUGGAUCCAACACAAAUUAAAAUUACCGAUGCAAAAUUUAUUAAUACUUUGAAUAAUAAUUUGAAUGGUACAUGGAAAAGUUAUCUUUGGUUAACAGUUUUAUUAAGACCACAAAAAUUUUAUAUCGCUUCAGAUUGGAGUUCAGCGGUGAUAGCAUUUAUGCUUGCCUUAUCUGUUGGCUGUUGUGAUGAUCCUAUCUUGGUUAGAGAACAAUUAUAUGAACCAAAGCCUAUACUGACUGGUUUAUUUUGUCAGUUGAUUAUAAUUCCAAUGCUUGGUUUAGGUCUGGGAGUUGUCUUCGAUUUAGACAUAGAUCAAGCAUUUGGUUUGUUCAUUUGUUCAACUGUACCGGCCGGUGGAUUAGCUUACUUACUGACAUACCUAAGUAAUGGAGAUAGACAGUUAUCAGCAGCACUAUCUUUGAUCUCAAGUAUAGCUGAUUUGGCGGUUACGCCAGUGUGGGCAAUGACAAUAGGCUGGUAUUGGUUUAAUCGUCCAAUAAAUAUUGCAAAAACAUUUGGUUGGUUAUUGCUUAUAGCAGGAGCACAAAGUAUAGGAACUUUAAUGCGAGGAUGUCGACCAGGCUUAGCACGUGGUAUUUUAACAUGGGUAACUAGACCACUCCUUUUAUUAUCUGGCAUACUGUUGGUCACACUCGGAGUAUACAUUAAUCAUUAUGCUUUCAAUGAAGUGACACAAAGUUUAAUCCUAGCUUUACUAACUCUUAUUACAUGCGGUUUUGCUGUUGGAUGGCUAGUUGGUACAUUGACCAAUCAAGGUUGUACAGGAUCAAGAACAUUAUCUACAGCAUCUUCAGUAUUUAAUGGUCUUUUGUGUAUACCUUUGUUAAGAACAUGUGUACAUGCACCAGAAGGUGAUUUAGCCGCUGUAGUUGCAUUAUGGACAAUAUUCUUUGCACCUAUUCCAUUGGCCUAUCAUGCAGCAGUUACAAUAGCUGAGAAAUGGUUAACAAGUUACCUGCAAAAUAGAAGAAGGAAGCGUGAAGAAGAAAAUUACAUGGCUGCUAUGAUAGGCGGAAAACAACACCAAUUUGGUGCUACUUCUAUUGCUGCCGUAGCUGCUGCAGCUAUCGCAGUUACACCAGCUAUCACAGCCGGGAGUCGACCUGAUAAAAACAAAACUUCAACCGCCCAUUCUUCAGAAGUAGUAUUUUAUAACGAUGAUGAUAGUAGAGACAACAGUGCUUACGUAACACAAUCACCACCUAUAAAAACAACAUUUGAAGCUUCAAAGAAAAAGUCUCUGAACACUGUUAACACACCGACUAGUUCAAUGAACCAUCCUUUACAGUAUGAAAGUAAUUUAGACAACUAUGGACAACAUGGUGUGCGCAACUUGUACAGAGAACAUUUCAAACCGAUCGUUGAUGAUGAUGAUGAUGAACUAGAAUUGAAUAUAUUAACUAAUAAAAACGCCACAUCACUGUCAAGUAACUACAAAAAUAGAUCACCUGUAUUCGCAGCACAGCAAACACGUGCCAAAAGGGCAAAUUGGCUUACAGAUUCUAUAAAUCUCAGCGACAAACAACAAAAACGUGAAGGGAGAGAUGAAUCCACAGAAACAGAAUCAAUGAUAACCUGUAAGCCAAAUGAUCACAGAAACAUGGGUAUACGCAUGUUUAUGUCUCACAACAGUAAUGCAAAUUCAAUGGAAUACCAACCUGAUAAUCGUUAUAUAUCACCAGCAGAUAUAGGAAAAGAAUUGAAACGAGCCAGUCUCCAGUCAACUGUAAAUUUUAUGGAGAGAGAUCAUCACCACUCUACUGCAGCUAACGCAUCACCACCAUAUACAAACCUCUGA